GAGUGGCUGCCAGCUCCCAUUCUUGAGCGAGUUCGAGGACCACGAGACGCACAGCCCUAGCCCGAGCGACAGAGCACACCAAGGACCCAGACGUGCAACCCCUGCCAGAUGUGGGGGGUGGCUACCCAAGGGCAUGCCUUGCACCCCGCUCCACAGUCCCCACCUGCUGCUCCUGCUGCUGUCAUGUCUGCCGAAAGCACCCUCGGCUCAGGUGAUGGACUUCUUGUUCGAGAAAUGGAAGCUUUAUGGUGAUCAGUGCCACCACAACCUGAGCCUGCUGCCCCCACCUACGGAGCUGGUUUGUAAUAGAACCUUCGACAAGUACUCCUGCUGGCCUGACACCCCGCCCAAUACCACAGCUAACAUCUCCUGCCCCUGGUACCUACCUUGGUACCACAAAGUGCAGCAUCGCCUGGUGUUCAAGAGGUGCGGGCCUGACGGGCAGUGGGUGCGAGGGCCGCGGGGGCAGCCAUGGCGCAACGCCUCCCAGUGCCAGAUGGACGACGAAGAGAUCGAGGUCCAGAAGGAAGUGGCCAAGAUGUAUAGCAGCUACCAGGUGAUGUACACUGUGGGCUACAGUCUGUCCCUGGGGGCCCUGCUCCUUGCCCUGGUCAUCCUGCUGGGCCUCAGGAAGAUGCACUGCACCCGGAACUAUAUCCAUGGGAACCUGUUUGCGUCCUUUGUACUCAAGGCCGGCUCUGUGCUGGUCGUAGACUGGCUGCUCAAGACACGCUACAGCCAGAAGAUUGGAGAUGACCUUAGCGUGAGCGUCUGGCUCAGCGAUGGGGCAGUGGCUGGCUGCCGAGUGGCCACGGUGAUCACGCAGUAUGGCAUCAUCGCCAACUAUUGCUGGCUGCUGGUGGAGGGUGUGUACCUGUACAGCCUGCUGCGCCUUGCCACCUUCCAAGAGAAGAGCUUCUUUUCCCUCUACCUGGGCAUUGGCUGGGGGGCGCCCCUGCUGUUUGUCAUCCCCUGGGUGGUGGUCAAGUGUCUGUUUGAGAAUGUCCAGUGCUGGACCAGCAAUGACAACAUGGGUUUCUGGUGGAUCUUGCGGAUCCCUGUCUUUCUGGCCAUAUUGAUCAAUUUCUUCAUCUUUGUCCACAUCAUUCACCUUCUUGUGGCCAAGCUGCGUGCCCGGCAGAUGCACUAUGCUGACUACAAGUUCCGGCUAGCCAGGUCCACGCUGACCCUCAUCCCUCUGCUGGGGGUCCAUGAGAUGGUCUUUGCCUUUGUGACUGACGAGCACGCCCAGGGCGCCCUCCGUUCCACCAAGCUCUUUUUCGACCUCUUCUUCAGUUCUUUCCAGGGUCUGCUGGUGGCUGUUCUCUACUGUUUCCUCAACAAGGAGGUGCAGGCAGAGCUACUGCGGCGUUGGAGGCGAUGGCGAGAAGGCAAAGCCCUUAAGGAGGAACAGAUGGCUAGCUGCCGUGGCAACCACACGGCCCCAGCAGGGUCUAGUCACGGUGAACCUGGUGAGAAACUUCAGCUCGUGACUGCAGGCAGCUGCAACGGGACUAAACCCUCUGUGGAGACCUCCAUCGCCAGCAGUCUCUCAGGGCUGACUGACAGCCCCACCUGAAGCCCCACGGGAGCCCAGCCAGGCUGGAUUCAGUAAGGGCCUUACAGGACAACUCAGAACCAGGCUGGAGAGACAACGCAGCCAGACAGCAGCUUGCACUGUCCACACUCCCUCAACCUGUCCCGACCCUGGCACAGGCCACACUGAUGGAGUGGGGGUGAAUAUGAUGGAGGAGUUAUGCUAUGAACUGUGGUGUUCCCGUGUGCUGGCAUGUCCCAUGUGCCCAAUGUAUGUCCUUCAAUA